UACAACGUUUGCAAUUUUUACUAGAUUUCACCAAAGUAUAAAUUAUUGCCACGAAGUUUGUCUAUUCAGUACAUAUAUUAACAUGGAGGCUUCAAUUGGAUUGGAGUGUUUUGCGAUGUUUUCUUUAGCUUUUCAAUAUUUUGGACUCUCGGUGACGUUGUCGGAUGCGUAUAUGCUUUGUCCUGGUGGAUAUUACAGCGAUAAACAAAUUCAAACAGAUAUUAUUGCCGACACUGGUCAUAUGUCUUGUAACCCAUGCAAGGUAUGCCAAGAAGGGACAUACAGGCCGGAAGGGACACCGGACGAAUGUCUUCCGUGUUCAACGGAUUGCUUGAAACUUAACAGACACCUGAUCAGCCCGUGUGGCGGAGCGUCUCCAGGAAUUUGUGGUGAAUGUUUUGAAGGGUAUCAUUCGACUUUGGUGGACCGCAAAUCCCAUUGUGUGAAAGCCGAUGUGAUCCCCGAGACUAGCUAUACAGAUCCGUGUGAAUCCGUAUGUCCGCCCUUUUGGGACGAAGGCGAGGGCAUUGACGCCGCGUGGAAAAUGGGGAUUACAGGAAAGGGAAUAAUUGUUGCCGUCACUGACGUCGGUGUAAACGUAAAACACCCGGAACUUGCAGCGAAUAUUGAUAGCGAUUCGUGUUACAACUACGUUGACGACAGUGUUGAUGUUUCACCAGAGGAAUUCCCAAUGUACGGCGAAAGCUACCAGACUACAAACCACGGGAAUGACUGUAGCAGUGUUAUUGCCGGGGUAAAGGGGAACAAUUUGUGCAGCGUUGGAGUGGCGUUCAAUGCUAAAAUAAGCGCUGUCAAAAUAGGCAAGGUUAAAGCCACGUAUUGGAAUUUUCCUGGUGUAACGUCGAAAACGAUGGCAAAAGGCUUGUCCCAUCGUUUUGACAAAGUUGACAUUUACUCCAAUAGUUGGGAUUUCAAGCAAGAGCUUAGGCCUAUUGAUUCGACAAUACGGUCGGUGAUACAAAACGGAACUAUACAGGGCAGGGCUGGAAAAGGGUCCAUAUAUGUGUUCCCAGCUGGCAGUGUUGGAAGUGGUCACUCGAAUAGUAUUCGCGUAAUAUCAGUCGGCUCUAUCGGCUUACUAGGGACCAUUCCAUCAACUGGAUUCAUUAAUUCUGCGACACUGGUAUCGUCGUUUGGUGAGGGGAGAUCAAGGGGCGCUGACAAGUUUCUAACAGCGUCAAAGGAGAACUCAUGUAGCAAAUCCUUCAGAGGUGUUUCAGCAGCCACGGCAAAAAUGUCUGGAAUUGUUGCUCUCGUAUUGGAAGCAAACCCUUCUUUACGAUGGCUGGAUGUACAACACGUUCUUGUUCAGUCCGCUGAACGAUCUGGUUUGCUAGAAUCUUUAAACUUUACACCAAAUGCAGCGGAAAAUUUCUUCCAUCCAGUUUUUGGAUUCGGGUUUGUCAAUGUAACAAAAGCUGUGAUGAAGGCCAAAACAUGGUUGAAUGUUCCUCCCCUUUUAAAACAGACAUUGUCAUUUAUGGUACAGAGCGGAGAUGGAAAAGGGAACAUAACAACUUUUCAAGCAAAUACUGAGUGUGACUGGUAUCUACGCAAAGUUACCAUGGUUAUCUUGAAAUGCCCGUCCGACUUUUUAAAAGACGUUUUCAAAAUCAUACUGACAUCGCCUCUUGGAACGGAAUCUGUGAUGAUGGAUAUGGCUCAACCAAGCAAAAAGACGCACAAAGCAUUGCCCCUUAAAUCGACACAUUUCUGGGGUGAGCCUUCGUAUGGUUCAUGGACAUUAGACGUAUUCGGAAAAACAAAGAAACAUAUGAGACCUCUUUUCAUUUACGGACAUGCGAAUAAGACGGUGUCUGCCAAUAAACCACAAAUACAGUCAUUCGGUAUGGACAAUAAAAGAGAAUACAUAACACAAGUAGAGACAAAAGGGUGCACUACUAGCACUAACAAAACUUCAGUGUACGUAGACUUAAGAGAGGAGCUUCUUAUUUCUUCAAUCAACAUUGUUUUAAGAGAAUAUGAUGAAAGGAAAAAGGCCGAGACACAGUUUCAGUGUGAUGUUGAUGGAGCUUCAACAAACAGCAGAGACAAUGAAACACUCUUGAACAGCCAACACGAGCCUGAUAUCGUCAAUGGUAUCACGCUCCCCAACAAACAGCAGGAACCUGAGAGCGUCAAUGGUGACACGCAAUCCAACAAACAGCAGGAACCUGAGAGCGUCAAUGGUGACACGCAAUCCAACAAACAGCAGGAACCUGAGAGCGUCACUGGUAUCACGCUCCCCAACAAACAGCAGGAACCUGAGAGCGUCAAUGGUGACACGCAAUCCAACAAACAGCAGGAACCUGAGAGCGUCAAUGGUGACACGCAAUCCAACAAACAGCAGGAACCUGAGAGCGUCAAUGGUGACACGCAAUCCAACAAACAGCAGGAACCUGAGAGCGUCAAUGGUGACACGCAAUCCAACAAACAGCAGGAACCUGAGAGCGUCAAUGGUGACACGCAAUCCAACAAACAGAAGGAGCCUGAGAUCGGCUAUGGUGACACGCAAUCCAACAAACAGCAGGAACCUGAGAGCGUCAAUGGUAUCACGCUCCCCAACAAACAGCAGGAACCUGAGAGCGUCAAUGGUGACACGCAAUCCAACAAACAGCAGGAACCUGAGAUCGGCUAUGGUGAUUUGCUUUCCAACAAAGAACAGGAGCAUGAGAUCGUCAAUGAUACUGACGAAAUCCUUCAGGCUCUAUAUAGUACCGGUCAAGGUAUUCGACGGUUGAAUGCUACGUUAUCAGAUGAUGUUCUUACUACCGAUCUUGUUGUGGACACCAAAGGUUGCAUGAGUUUUGAUGUUGACUACAUUGAAGGAAUACUCUUCUGGACAAAUAUAGAAGGAAGCCACAGUGAAAUAAAGAGGGCUUUCAUCAAAGACAACCAGCCGGCAUAUAACAUUGAAACAAUACUCAAUCUUGAAUCGGUAAAUGCUGUUGCUGUGGACUGGGUAUUCAAGCGGAUUUACUGGACAGAGUAUUCAAGUCAUCGUAUCAUGGCAAGCGAUUAUGACGGAAAGAAUCCAUUUACCAUCGUUUUUCUUGAUAUUGUUAAUCCAUGGACAAUAGCUGUAGAUCCCGAAAAUGGUAUAAUGUACUGGACGGAUUGGGGUGAAAACUCCAAAAUAGACAUGUGUGGAAUGAACGGCGAUUGCUCGAACCGGCAUAAAAACACUCUGAAGCAAGUUGAUGGACAGGCUCUUGGUUGGCCAAAUGGAAUAACUAUAGAUUUUGACGGAAAGCGGAUUUUCUGGACAGAUACAAGACUACACAAAAUUGGAACCGCCGAUACGAAUCUUCAUUAUGCAAACUAUAUCUUUGAAACCGACUUUGCCAUUAUGUCUCCUUUCGCCAUUUCUGCAUUUGGCGAAACAAUUUUCUGGUCAGAACUGAAAAAUAAGACCAUUCGUUCAGCAAACAAAGUAACAGGCAAAGAUAUAAAGACAACAUAUUUAGGGCAGGAUGCUAUCAUGGAUAUGAAAAUAUAUCACAAGAGAAGACAACACACAGCAUUGUCAGUGGAUACCAAAAGCUUAUGUAAAGAUUGUAAUGGGAUGUGCUUUCCUGUCCCAAGAAAUUUAAGCUCUGGCGUUCAAGUCGAUUGCGUUGAAAGUUGUGAAGGUGACAAAAUAUGGACUCAGUGCGCACACUCGUACAGCCUAUCAGAUCGCAGUGAUUAUCACGAUGGAGUUAUGUUAACACAACCACCACCACCACCAUCACCACCACCACCACCACAACCACCAGCUAUAGCAGUACAGCUAAAUGGGAAACAACUGACUGACAAGGCGGUUGGUAUACAGAUACACCAUGGACAACCAUUCUGUACUGGAUAUCAUUUUCUAAUACGCGUGGAACCUCCAACUGUUGCAAGAUCACUUCAGAUUAAAAACACUGUUGCCGGAAAUUACGAAAUAGUUUCUUUAAAAAUAGAAACUAAAGACAUAGGUUUCUAUACUAAUAAUUUUCACAAAAGCAAUCCUUUAACAAAUGAAGGUAUUUCUAUUUUAUACCAAUGUAUUAAUAUUAUGUUAGCCGCACUGCUAAGUGUAUACCUGAUUGUUUCAGAAUGACGAACUAGAAAUAAGGAUAUGAGGUGUUUAAUUAACACCGUUUCUGAAGUAACAAGUAACUGUUUGUGUUUAAUUGUGUCGAGUGAUGUAUAUGUAUUUGUACAUACUUUUUUGCUUUUGUCAUGAUUUUAUUGAUAUCUAUACCUCAAACUGUUAAUAUAAAAAUGUCAUAGUUUUACACCUUUUCAAACAGGAUGGUUAAUGAAUAUGUGAAGAAGAAGUAAAAAUAAAAUAAUAAUAAACUUGAAUCAAUUUCAACUUGUGACGUAUGCAUUUCAAGUAUUACGGCAACUAUAUAUUCCAAACACAGAAUCAGUAUUUGAAAAAUAUCCAUUCAUACAAAAACAAGUUUUAAAAUGACUUGAUUUUAUUCUGGAUAUUGGGUGAAAGAGUGAGGUUGUGCACGCAAAUUGGUUUAAACCCCCUGUAAAUUUACAUUUUACAGACCGUUCCAAGAAGGUACCUAACAGUCCUUGAUAAACACACCUAGUUUUUUAAUAUAGAAUAUAUGCACUGUGUUGUUUGUUGAGUUUUGUGCUGUUGUUCCAUGUUUCUUGUGAGCGAUAUUUUGUGUUCUAUGCCUUUGGCAUUUGUCCUGUGCCAUUCAACAUGGUUUAUGUUUAAACAUUUGGCAACUGAGCUUGCUUCUGUAGUGUUUUAUAUAUAUAUUAAAAGUAUUUAAUUGCCAUUUUCUUUACACAGUUUAAACAUAAUGUACAACGGAUUAGAUAUAACUUCUAUAAAACAUUAGUAAAGUUUCCCCAAUGACUUUGUUGACUUUACGCUCGAUGUAAAGAUAUAUGAUAAUUGAGUCAACCACGUUUCAUGUUGUAAUCUAGGUAUACCUAGUCAAUGUUGCACAUUCAUGCUGCAUUGCAUAGUUGUUCCUUGCUUCAUUUCAUCACC